AUGGAUUCACAACCAAGCAGGCCGUCAACGCCCAGGUCGGCCACCAAUGGCCUACUAGAAAACGGAGAAGGAUUGAGGGAAAUGAGGGAAAAGAGCAAAGGCCGCCAAAAGCUGCUCCGAGGUCUCCAGCGUAUUUCAUCAUCACCAGCCUUGGCUCCCUUUCAACGCCAGAGGUCAUCGAGCAGUCCCUACCACGGCCAUGGCACUCUGUCAUGCGUUAGUCUGGCCACGCCCAAUGCGCCAUCUCCGUUUGGCCAAGCCAGCAUCAGCUCUUCCUACUUCUCCCAUGGAUUUUCCUCGGUUUCUUCCAGCGUUCCUUCUACGGCUCCGACUACCCCAGGACUCGACACGCCCGGUUGCGAUGUUUCGGAUCCUAUGCUGGCGGCCCGCAAAGUCGGCCAUCCCAUCCACACGACGACUUCCAUCGCCUUGCCUCAUCACAAGAAAAGGUUAACGGCAUUCAACCUUUGGGCCAACAUGCCGCAUGAAAUCAGAAUCCAUGUCCUCUCAUUUCUUAGCCCCAAGGAGCUUGUGCGCACAUCGCGGGUCAGCAAGGAGUUCUACAACAUGUGCUAUGAUGGGCAGCUUUGGACCAGAUGUGACGCUUCCGAGUUUUAUCAACAGAUUCCGGCUGAGGCCUUGGCCCAAAUCAUUGUUUCGGCAGGCUCGUUCAUUAAGGACCUCAACCUCCGAGGAUGCGUGCAGCUGGAACAUCACCGACGUGCAGAGAUGGUGGUGAAAGCUUCUCGGAAUCUGGUCAACGCUACCUUGGAAGGCUGCCGAAACCUCCAACGGCAGACAUUACACGAUUUGAUUAAGAGGAACAACAGACUUGUCAACCUCAAUCUCACUGGGUUGCCAGCCGUCUGCAACACGACACUCAGACUCAUUGCCGAGUCCUGCCCGCAGUUGGAGAUGCUGAACGUCUCCUGGUGCAAACACAUGGAUGCUAAGGCCAUCCAGACCGUGGUAGAAGGAUGCCCGAAGCUCAAAGACCUGCGAGUCGGCGAGGUCAAGGGAUUCAAGGACCUGGAGGUCGCAAAAUCCAUCUUCACAACCAACAACCUCGAACGCCUCGUCCUGGCCGGGUGUGAGGACCUGAGUGACGCUGCGUUACAAACCAUGAUGCACGGGGAGGAUCCCGAAAUUGACAUUCUCACAAACAACCCCAUGGUGUCGCCUCGAAAACUUCGUCACCUCGAUCUUUCCCGCUGCAAUCGUCUCACCAGCCAGGGUGUCAAGUCCCUAGGCCACCUGGUUCCCGAGCUCGAAGGUCUCAUCCUCUCCGGCAUCACAGCCCUGACCGACUCCGCACUGGAAUCGAUCCUGGCGUCUACUCCCCGCCUCACACACCUCGAACUGGAAGACCUCGGCGAACUGACCAACUCUCUCCUAUCCGAACACCUCGCCAAAGCGCCCUGCGCCAGCAAGCUCGAACACCUCAGCAUCGGCUACUGCGGCAACCUGGGCGACACGGGCAUGCUACCCGUCUUCCGCGCUUGCACGUCGCUCCGCAGCGUGAUCAUGGAUAACACGCGCAUCAGCGACCUGGUCCUGGCCGAAGCAGCCUCCAUGGUCCGCCAGCGUGCGAUGGACGCCAAGUGUCGGGCUAUUAUCUCCUCUCUCAACCCUCACCAGCUGCUGCAGCAGCAGUCUCUCAACAACCCAGUCUUACCCAACGUCACCCUACACCUAACCGUCUACGACUGCGGCAACGUCACUUGGACCGGAAUCCGCGAAGUCCUCAGCCGAAAUACCGAGCCCAUGAAGAUUUCCGUUCCCACUACCAGUACCAAUACCAAUACCAAUACCAGAACCUCCACAACCACCGCUGCCGCCGCUCUUUCCAUCUCAUCUACCACACAACCAUCCACUUCCGACCUCACCACAUCCAUCUUUGACACCGCCACCGCCGACUCCAAAUCUGACACUGUCGUAACAACGACCACCAUCCCCGCCGCCCUCUCCGUCACUACAACUACCUCCACACGCAUCUCCCCGCCCACAGAAACCAUCGCCCUCAAAUGCUACUACGGCUGGCAACAAACCGUAGACGAGCACACCAAGCGCGUCCUGCGCGGUGCUUUCCCUUCGGCCCGUCGUCUCGAAGCCAAGUGGGCGCAGUACAUGCAAGCCGAAGAGGAAGAGCGAGCGGGUGGUGACGGAGCUGGUCGCAGACGCAGGAGGAGGAGAGCGAGGGAGGCGGCGAUGGUGCAUGCUGAUGAGGAGGGUGGUGGUGUUGGAAGUAUCUGGGCUGAUGGCGAUGGGGAUGGGGGCCAGGGGCAGUGGGGAGGAGCUGGAGCUGGAGGUGGAGGAAGGAGGAGGGAGAGGGGGAGGGGGACUGUUAGUUGUGCUGUUAUGUGA